AUGGCCGAUGUCAGCCCCGUCGCAGAGCUGCUGGGGCAGGCCUUCUACCACUUUGAUCGCAUAAGGCCACUUCUGCCAACGUAUGGACAUCUGCUUGUUUCCGCUCUUUUUCCCAUCUGGGUUGGCUCCCAUGCAUCCUUGACCCGGCCUUCCUCCGCAGCAAAAGCCACCAAGAAACCUGACAAAGAUGAUGAUGACACGGAUGAUGAAGAAGAAGGGUCAGGCCCUUUGCAGAAGAUGGAGGCUCUUGAGCCUAGAGAUGCCAUCAUGUUUCCACUGACUGCAGGCCUCACCCUGGGUGGUUUAUACAUGCUCCUCAAAUGGCUGGAAGACCCAGCCAUUUUGAACAAGAUCCUCGGUUUCUACUUUUCCCAAAUGGGCCUCUUCUUUGCCUUUGCAUUCCUCAAGGAUUUCCAAUUGAUAAUUCGUCAGACAGACCGCUGUUCCAUUGCAUAUGAGAAGCUUGGGUCCACCAACUCACCUCUCGUUCGGCAUUCACCACUACCUGGAAUUUGGGGUCGUGUUCCGCUGCCCACAACUCUUACCGCAUUCCUCUGGGUAUGCCGAAAUGCUUUAUACAAGCAACUCAGAGUACGGGCAUAUGUGCGUGGCUUGUUCGAUCUCAAAUUUCCUGUUGGCCUCCUGGAAGUCAUCAGUGCAGUAGCAUCUCUUGCUGCUGUUGGCUAUUUUGCAUUUGUUGAGAGGACGUGGUGGCUCACCAACUUCCUCGGAUUCUGCUUCUGCUAUGGCACACUACAAUUCAUGUCUCCCUCCACAUUCUGGACAGGCACCCUCAUUCUGGGCUCGUUGUUCUUCUAUGACAUCUAUUUUGUAUUCUUUACGCCAUUGAUGGUGACUGUGGCGACUCAGAUUGAUGUGCCGAUCAAACUUCUUUUCCCUCGACCACCCUCCCCUCGUGAUAGACCAGGUGUGACACCAAUGGCAAUGCUCGGACUUGGUGACAUCGUUGUCCCUGGAAUCAUGAUUGGUUUGGCACUUCGCUUCGAUUUAUUCCUCUACUACCACUAUAAAGGCACCCAAAAGGCUAAAUCUGAAGGGCCAAAUCAAAUCAGUGCCAAACCCGAAUAUCAGUCGGCAACUGGUGCGUGGGGAGAACGAUUUUGGGCGCCAUCCGUCAAGCCACUCCACCAGGAACUCCAGCCUCCCUACCAUGAUGCCCGGAACUUCCCAAAGGCAUAUUUCAAAGCUAGCGUGGUCGGCUACAUACUUGGCUUGGUCACAACCCUUCUCGCUAUGCAAUACUCAAACCACGCGCAGCCUGCUCUUCUCUACCUGGUUCCAGGUGUUCUGGGUUCGCUUUGGGGCACCGCGCUACUUCGGGGUGAAGUCCCCGUGAUGUGGGAUUACUCUGAUGGCGAGGAGGUGGAAGACGAGGAUAAUGAAGAGGAGAAGGACAAAAAGAAAAAUGAGCCCGCCAAAACAGAUCGAGAGGAGGAAACCACCAUUCGAAAAUUGGAGAAGCUUCUUAAGCAACUGGUUCCGGGCUUGUUUUCCGGUGAAACUCCAGACAAGCUAGACAGCAAAGAGACACCUGAAGCUGAAAAGAAGGACCAAUAUAAGGUCGAAGGUUCCAAAUCCACCUCAGAGUCAUCGAAAGAAGAAAAAGAUGGUUCCCAGAAAAAAGCUGUCACCGAAAGCGAUGCUAGCUUAGACCUGAUCUCAUUUUCUGUGUCGAUCCCCGGAAAACCUAAGAACGGCCCAAAGGUCAAGAUGACUGAGUCCCUAGGAGCCUCCUCCGAGGAAGAUGAGCAGGGGAUCCUUGUGUCCAGAGACCUCAACGGCGAUGAUGAGCCGCCGUUGAAGAGAAGGCGACGGGGUAUGACGAAUAAGUAA